AUGGCGGCUUUCAUGCAUGUUUCUGACAACGAGGAUAUUAGACUGAAAUGUGACACACAUAAUAAUGACUUGCUCCCACUGUUUUGUAGGGACUGUAAUUGUCAUCUCUGCGCCGACUGUGUUACACUUGAUCAUGCUGGACAUAACAUUCGUAACGUUUCGGAAGUCGUAGAAUUUCAUAAGCAGGAACUUCGAGAAAUUCUGUGUCGUGAUACAUCAUCACAGUUUCUUGCAAAACGUUUAAGCCAUUUGCAAGAACAACAAAAAUCCUUGGCCGUGCAUACCGAAAGUCUGCUACGAAAUGUAUUAGAUCGGGAGGACGAGAUUAUGGAGAGAGUUAAAAUUUGGAGACAGGAUAUAUUUGACAAAAUUAUAUCAUUCAGAGAAACUUGUGAGGCAAAUUUGAGGGAUGAUCAAAUUAUUAUAUCUGCUCUACUUCAACACCAUGAAAAGAGUCCACAAUCAGAACCAGGAAGAACUGAAUUAGAACUUUCGUAUCUGUGUUUCCGAGGAAAACAUCUAUUAACUUCAGAACGUUGCAUGACGUCUGAUAAAGAUAUUUCUGAUUUAUAUAGCUUUAAUAUCGGACCUUCUGGUGAAGACUUAUAUGACACUUUUGGAAUAUUUAGAUAUGGUUCAGAAGAAGAGUUGUCGUCAGAUUCAGUUUCUAUUAACAGCAGCAAAGAAGAAGAAAAAGAAGAAUUUUGUGAUUGCGAGGACAUACAAGGAAAGUAUCAAGUUUGCGAUAAGUCAAUCGAAAAUAUUGUACCUAUGGAUAGUUUGAAGUUCUUUGUCCAUAGUUUGAGUAACGUAUACCUCUGUUCUUUUCACGGAAGUAAGAUUGAUACAAAGCUAACUUUGAGCAAUGUUUGGCGAAUCGCCCUGAUACCGUCAACAGGAGACAUACUUUCAAUAACGAGCAAUCAGAAACAAAUAAAACGCAUUUCUUUUGAAAGCACAAUAACAACGUUUUUAGUUACGGGAGACCUAUAUGAUGAUGUCAAUUCAGGAGGAGACCAGGCAUACGCAUGCGUUAUGUAUAAAUCAGAUAUAAACAAAGCGAGGAUGGGCUCAUGCUUCGUAUGCAUACACCUUUUAAAUGAAUUUGGAGUGAUUUUGAAGACUUUCGAACGUGGUCUUGGAUUUGUCUCUUGGAGGUUGUUAAAAACAAAUGAAGAAAACAAAUUCUAUCUGUCAACCAAAAACAGAACUCAAAUAUUCGAUGGUGUAUUGGGCAAAUGUACUGCAGUAUACAGUGGAGCAGUUGGAAAAGAUCCAGGCUUACGAUUCCAUACAUGUGACAUGAUAACCGAUAGUAACAACAAUGUCUUACUUGCUGUUCAAAAUGACAACGCCAUUCAUUUAUUAAACAAAGCAUUAAAAUUUCAGAAACUGUUAUUGACUGAAGAAGAUGGGCUCCGACUGCCAUCUAGUUUAGCGCUAGACAACUUUGGUUAUCUCUGGGUGGGAUGUGAAGAUGGGCAGAUACAUGUUGUGAAUUAUCAAUAUUUACUGAUGACAGAUCGAUUAGCUAGACUAAAAUAUAGGAGUGCUAAGGAACACAUCUCCUAG